GGUGUGGUUCCGCCGAUUGGUGGCAACGCGCGGAGGGCGUGUCCACAGUGGCGGCGUGCGUUUUGCCUCUGUGACACAAUUACAACAACUUUGAGCCGCUGGUUGGGGAAGUUUGCGACGUUUUCAAACCACAACUCCCUCGUACAAGGCCAACAUCACGCCAACUCCAUGCACACCGUGGCCCCGGAGCACACCUCGUAUUCCCGUGUACAAUGAAGAGUGUGGACGGUAAUUUGAAGGGAUCAUUUCCUUGAGGAUUUGGCAAAAGAACUGCGCUGCUACGCCCCGUUUUAGUCCUGGAUAGGCGCGCGACACUUUUCCGUCUGUUCGCGUUUCGCCGGAGUCGCUCGGUCCGCGUCGAUCGUCCCGUUCUCCUUCGCCAUGAAAUCGUGCGGAGUGUCGCUCACCACCACCGCCGCCGCCUCCGCCGCUGCCCGGAGCCGCGGCGCUGCUGCUGCCGCCGCCGCUGCUGCUAAUGACGAGGAGAAAAUGGCGUCGGGAAAAGCGACUGAUAUCGAAGAGGACUUUCCGAAGCUAACGGCGGCGGAGAGAGAGCGUCUGCUCGGCGUGGACAGUUCACUGUUUGGAUUUCAUAGGCUUCAAGAAGAUGGCGCCAGAACGAAGGCCUUGCUUUUAAAGGCCGUCAGCUGCUAUGAAGCUCUCAUCCUGAAAGCAGAGGGGAAAGUGGACCCUGACAUUUUCUGUCAACUGGGUCACUUCAACCUCCUGCUGGAGGACUAUCAGAAAGCAUUAUCUGCAUACCAGAGGUACUUCAGUUUACAGUCGGACUACUGGAAGAAUGCUGCCUUUUUAUACGGCCUGGCCAUGGUUUACUUCCAUUACAACGCUUAUCAGUGGGCGAUCAAGGCGUUCCAGGAGGUGCUGUACAUCGACCCCGGCUUCUGUCGAGUGAAGGAGAUUCAUCUGAGGCUGGGACUCAUGUUUAAAGUCAACACAGACCACGAGUCGAGUUUAAAGCAUUUUCAGCUGGCUUUGAUCGACUCCAAUCUCUGCACUUUGUCCAAAGCUGAAAUUCAGUUUCACAUUGCUCAUUUGUAUGAGAUCCAGAAGAAACACAGAGCGGCGAAGGAAGCGUACGAGCGUGUGCUGCAGACGGACGAUCUCCCUGCACAGGUGAAGGCCGCCACACUGCAACAGCUCGGCUGGAUGCAUCACACGGUGGAGCAGCUGGGAGAUAAAGGCACCAAGGACAGCUAUGCCAUCCAGUGUCUGCAGAAGUCGUUAGAAGCUGACCCCAACUCUGGCCAAUCCUGGUACUUUCUUGGCAGGUGUUAUUCCAGUAUUGGGAAGGUGCAGGAUGCCUUCAUCUCUUACCGUCAGUCCAUCGAUAAGUCGGAGGCCAGUGCUGACACCUGGUGCUCUAUAGGGGUUCUGUACCAGCAGCAGAACCAGCCUAUGGAUGCACUGCAGGCCUACAUCUGUGCCGUGCAGCUGGACCACAGCCACGCCGCCGCCUGGAUGGACCUGGGCACUCUGUACGAGUCCUGCGGUCAGCCGCACGACGCAAUCAAGUGUUACGUCAACGCCACGCGCAGCAAGGCCUGCCUCAACACGGCCGCGCUCACGCAACGCAUCAAACUGCUGCAGGCUCAGUUGUGUAACCUUCAGCCAGGUUCUCUGCAGAAUAAGAGCAAAAUGCUUCCCAGUAUUGAAGAGGCGUGGAGCCUCCCCAUCCCUGCUGAGCUCACGUCCAGGCAGGGAGGUCUGAACACGGCACAGACCUCGCAGGUGGGAGGUCUGAACACGGCACAGACCCCGCAGGUGGGAGGUCUGAACACGGCACAGACCCCACAGGUGGGAGGUCUGAACACGGCACAGACCCCACAGGUGGGAGGUCUGAACACGGCACAGACCCCACAGGCGUGUAAAGGAGACGGAGGACAGACGUCCAGUAAUCACACGGAGCCACAGGCCAGUCCUGCCAAAAAGAAACGCACCGCCAGCCCAGUCAAGAGUGUCCCAGACUCGUGGACAAACAACAACAACAGCAGCAGCAGUCAGCAGCAGCAGCAGCAGCAGCAGCAGCAGCAGAUCCCCAGCUGGUACCUGACACCACAGAAGCUCCAGCUGCUGGAUCACUUACGGACCAACCGAGCAAACCUCAAGCCUCCUCAGGUGCAGAUGCUGGAGCAGCUGGAGAAGCAGUUCUCUGUCAUGCAGCAGCAGCAGCAGCAGCAGCAGCUGAGGCAGCAGGCGGUGACGGCAGCAGCAGCGAGCGGUCAGAUGAAGCCCCUCCUUCCCAACGGUGCUGCAGCUGUGCCUCCUCACCACCAUCACACAGGUCUCACCCGCUCCUCCUCCUCCUCCUCCCCCGUCAACCACGCGCCCGCGCCGCCCAACGGCUCCUGCUCCUCCAGUCCCGCGUCGGGGACGUCGCUGGGACACCAGGACAGGAAAAACCACAGCCUGGGCGUGGCAGGAGGCGGAGCCAGUAACGGAAACAACAACAAUGUGCCUUACCCGCAGCAGAACUCUCUACCUCACAACUGCACAGCUGCCAGUCAGCCCAGCACCAGCACCACCAGCAGUCCCAGUCACUCUGACGAGACGUGGAGGAGCCAACAGCCAAACACUACCACUCAGGGGCUUCACAAAGAUCCUGGUUCACAUUCGGCGGGUCCUAAUGGAGAACCCCCUUUCUUCUCCUUGUCCUCCUCCCCUCACACCUCCUUCUCUUCCUCUGGCAUUCUGAAUCAGGUGGGACAUUCCUUCUCCGGGCCCUGCACUGCCUCCUCCUCGGCCUCCUCCUUGUCCCCCACCUCCCCACAGACCACGCCCAACCACCUGUCCUCGCCCCCCCACUCCACGACUACCUCAGGGCUCCACACCAAAGACGCCACGCCUUCAGGGGGCAGCAGCAGUAAUGGUGCCGCUGCACCAGGAGUGCUGGAGGCUGCUGCCAGGCAACCCGCAGCGGGGACGCCACUCAGCCCCGGCUCCGCCUCCACGCAAGGAUUGACUAAUCACGUCCAGGCGCGGGUGGAGGACGACUUGGCGAGCCGGUCUCAGCCCGGCUCUCCUGCCCCCGGCGUGCGAACUCCAGACAAUCCUCAGCUCUCCGCCUCGAUAAAGGGAAAAGCCAAUAAUGACGACAACAAUAACCACAGUAACCACGGAGAUACUUCCUCAGAGAAACUCAACAAUGUCCACCCGGGUCUCCACGGCAACGCCAAGCCAACGCCACAGCACUCUGCGGUCUCCGCCUCCUCUGCCGCCACACCCUCUCCGUGCUCUGCAGACGCUCAGGCCAACAACACCAACAGCCUCUCCAGCCUUAACAGUCAGGGGCCCACGCUCAACGGGGAGGGGCUGGGCGACUCCCACAGCCCCAGGAGGGCGGAGCCACCUGGUGGAGCUCACAGACACAGUGCCCCCUCUGGUCUUUCCCCGUGGUCCUCGUUUUCCAUCUACCCCAGCUCCAGUGAAGUCCUCAAAGCCUGCAGGAAUCUGGGGAAGAACGGACUGUCGACCAGCAGCAUCCUCCUGGACAAGUGUCCUCCGCCGCGUCCCCCGCGUCCUCCCUCUCCUCCACUGCCAAAGGACAAACUCAACCCUCCCACGCCCAGUAUUUAUCUUGAAAACAAGAGGGACGCCUUCUACCCUCCUCUGCAUCAGUUCUGCACGAACCCUUCAAACCCGGUCACCGUCAUCAGAGGACUCGCCGGCGCCCUCAAGCUCGACUUGGGCCUGUUCUCGACCAAGACGUUGGUGGAGGCUAACCCGGAUCACCUGGUGGAGGUGCGGACUCAGUUAUCUCAGCCCACUGAUGAGAACUGGGACCCCAGCGGCAGCAGGAAGAUGUGGCGCUGCGAGAGCAGCCGCUCACACACCACCAUCAUCAAAUACGCCCAGUACCAGGCCUCGUCCUUCCAGGAGUCUCUGCGGGAGGAGAACGAGAAGAAGAAGGAGCUGGAGGCUGAAGCCACUUCCUCUGACGGUGUGCUGCGGCGGAGGAAGGCUCCCUUCAAACACCUCAAAUUCGGCACAAACAUCGACCUCUCUGACGAGAAGAAGUGGAAGCAGCAGCUGCAGGAACUCGCCAAGCUGCCGGCGUUCGCUCGCGUGGUUUCAGCCGGGAACCUGCUGAGUCAUGUGGGUCACACCAUCCUGGGGAUGAACACGGUGCAACUGUACAUGAAGGUGCCGGGCAGCAGGACUCCAGGUCAUCAGGAGAACAACAACUUCUGCUCGGUCAACAUCAACAUCGGUCCAGGAGACUGUGAGUGGUUUGCGGUCCCUGAGCCGUACUGGGGCGUCAUCAACGACUUCUGUGAAAAGAACAACAUCAACUUCCUGAUGGGCUCGUGGUGGCCCAACCUGGAGGAUCUGUUCGAGACCAACGUGCCCGUUUACCGCUUCAUCCAGAGGCCGGGAGACCUGGUGUGGCUCAACACGGGGGCCAUCCACUGGGUCCAGGCCGUCGGCUGGUGCAACAACAUCGCCUGGAACGUUGGACCACUCACAGCUCAUCAGUACAAACUGGCGGUGGAACGUUACGAGUGGAACAAGCUGCAGAGCGUCAAGUCCAUCGUUCCCAUGAUCCACCUCUCCUGGAACAUGGCGAGGAACAUCAAAGUGUCCGACCACAAGCUGUUUGAGAUGAUCAAGUAUUGUUUGUUGAGGACUCUGAAACAGUGUCAGAUGCAGCGGGAACUGCUUCUGUCUGCAGGGAAGAAGCUGGCGUGGCACGGGAGGACACAGAGUGAGCCGGCACAUUACUGCAGCAUCUGUGAGGUGGAAGUGUUCGACCUGUUGUUCGUCACCAGCGAGAGCAACAGCAGGAAAACCUACGUGGUGCACUGUCAGGACUGCGCCCGCAGGGGGAGCUCUAACCUGGACAACUUUGUGGUUCUGGAGCAGUACAAGAUGGACGAGCUCAUGCAGGUUUACGACCAGUUCACCCUCGCGAGUCCACUUCCUUCCUCUUGAUGAAAGAAGAAGAAGAAGAAGAAGAAGAAGAAACGACGACGGGAACUUUUUUUUUUGAUCGUCAAACUUUUACGUUGUUUUCCUCCCUCUGGUAUUCAGGAAGUGAGUUGCGCUCUGUAGCCAUCCCAUAAGGCAGCUGUGUGAAAGCUGUGUGUGUGUCUAUGCAACCUGUGCUCAGAGCGAUGCGCCCCCACCCCCCGCUGGCCUGGAGGGGAACUGCAGCUCCUCCUGUUUCUCCUGCUGGUUCAGCUGGACUUCACCACAGGAGACGACGUCUGUACAGAUUUACUUUAACUGAGAGUGAGUGAGUCCACACAGAGCUGCUCCUCCUCCACCACCUCCUGCUCCUCCUGCUCCUCCUCCACCACCUCCUGCUCCUCCUCCUCUUCCGUUACAAUCAGGAAAAAACAGCUGUUUUUCGUCACGUUUCUUUUUUACGAUAUUUUCCUGCGUUUGUUUUUUUACGUCGUGACUUUGAUUUGUUGACAAACAUCAGCGACGUCAGAGAUAAAUAAAUAAAAGGUUUGCACAAA